CUUUACCACUGAACUCGGCUGCUGGUGCUAGGAUUCAUCUGCCACCGGCUGGGGACUGUGGGCCAGGCCCUGCCUCAGCGGCCAAACACUGGAGACCAGCCCUGGCACCCCGGGGCUGGGCGCCUCUGCCCAGGAGUCAGCGCCCAGCGUCCCAGGCGGGGAGCAGUGCGCAGCCAUUUGCAAAAGCCACACUGGGAGGAAGAGCUGGAGCAGUCCCCGCGCCGCCGAGGGCCGGGAGGGGGCGCGUGGGGCGGAGGAGUCCCUCUUUGACUUAAAGGUUUUAAUUUUGGAACAAGGCAGAAUUUCCCACGAACGACAUUCAGUACAUUCACGGUGUCGCAGACCGGCCGCUGCCUGUCACCACCAGAAGGAAACCCCAGGCCCCAAGUGGUCGCCCCGCCCUCCACCGGGUCCUGCCAACAGGGACCGCUUGUCUGGUGGAUUUGCCUGUUCUGGACACUGGGCAAUGCCAUCACCCAGCGCGUGGCCUUCUGUGGCUCUCUCCCGUAAUCGCGUGCGUGGGUGGUUUGGAAAACCUGAAAUAGUUAUGACAGAGGACAGCGAGUGGGCGUCCCCCCCAGGGGUCCUAGCGCCGCGUUUUCCUCUUUCCCCAGGGCUGUGUCUGGGGCGGCGGGCGGUCGCAGAGCAGAGCGACCCACUCCCCAAGCCCUCCCUCCGGGCUCUGCCCAGCUCCCUGGUGCCCCUGGAGAGGUCGGUGACCAUCCGGUGCCAGGGGCCUCCGGGCGUGGACCUGUACCGCCUGGAGAAACUGGGGUCCAAGAAGUACGAGGAUCAGGACUUCCUCUUCAUUCCGGCCAUGAAAACGAAUCACGCCGGGCGCUACCGCUGCUCCUACCAGAACGGGUCCCAGUGGUCGCUGCCCAGUGAGCAGUUGGAACUGGUCGCUACUGGGGUGUACAGCAAGCCCUCGCUCACGGCGCAUCCCAGUCCAGUGGUGCCCCCUGGAGGGGACGUGACCCUGCAAUGUCAGACCCAAUAUGGCUUUGACCAGUUUGCGCUGUAUAAGGAGGGGGACACUGGGCCCUCCAAGAGACCCGAGAAGUGGUACCUUGCAGAUUUCCCCAUGGUCACCGUGACGGCUGCCCACAGCGGGACCUACCGGUGCUACAGCUUUUCCAGUGCCUCCCCGUACCUAUGGUCAGCCCCCAGCAACCCCCUGGUGCUCACCGUCACAGGCCCCUUGGCGACCCCCAGCCAGCCAGCCACAGAGGCAGCCUCCUCCGUGACAGAAUUCCCAGAAGCCUCCAGGAGACUGAUCAUCUCACCCAGGAACAAAGUCUCUACAACUGCAACGUCCAGGACCCUCACCGUCUCUCCAGAGGGGUCGAGCACUCCAGUUGGUCUGGCCCCCCGGCACUACGGCAGGGGGGUCCUGGUCCGGCUCUGCCUGGGUGCUGCCCUUCUCCUUCUGCUGGUGGGGGUUCUGGUGGAGGAUUGGCACAGCCGCAAGAAGUCCCUGCGGCACAGGGUCAAGCCCGUGCAGAGGCCCCUCCCGCCCCUCCCACAGGCCCCGAAGUCGCGUGGCUGUCAGGAGGGGUGUCAGGGCUAGGGCACGGAAGAGCUCCUGGGGCUGGGAGCCCCGGAGGAGCCGCGGAGCCAGCGUCUGUGGGGCUCCGUCCACGGGGCCGGAAGGAGUCCAGUGGAGGCUGCGUCUCCUGCAGACAUUUUGCACAUUGUGGCUACUACGGGCACGGCCGGCUUCCCCUCAGCCCUCCCAACAUGGCUCCACAUCCUUCCCCCAGGUCCCCAGCUCUCGGGGGUCACUGUCCCGCCCUGUGCUGGGCCCUCCCUGCCUCCCUUGGCCCUACGUCCUCGCCCCAACCCCGUCUGUAGCUGUGCCUGGUCAGUCUCCUGUUCUUUAGAACGGUCCUGGUUCUUCCAGGCACUGGGGCAUGCUUCUCGUUUUCACUGGUACACAAUAAAAAUGCCAGGGGCCC